AUGUUUUCCGCAGCAAACUCCUCUGCCACAUUCGUCCUCCUGCUCGUUACACUUCUAGCUUGCAGUGAAUCGAUCAGUGCGGCCGGCGGUUGGGGUGGUUCAUCCGGAGCUGGUUGGAGCAGUUCUCCGGAUGGAAGUUUCGGCGGAUCAUCAGCAAGUGGCUGGGGAGCGAAAGUCGCGAAGCAUGGAUCAAAUAAGCCUGCAGAAAACAGCAAAAUGCAAUUCACUGGCUACAUAACUGCUCAAUAA